AUGUUAGUCUUGUUUGAAACUGCUGCUGGUUAUGCUAUUUUCAAGCUUCUAGAUGAAAAGAAGUUGGCCAAGUCUGAUAAUUUGUACGAGGAUUUUUCAUCUCCCGAAAGAGCGAGCAAGAUCAUCAAAUUAAAGCAUUUUGAAAAAUUCACAGAUACUACUGAAGCUUUAGCUGCUACAACAGCAGCAGUUGAAGGUAAACUAUGUAAAUCGUUAAAGAAAACGCUAAAAAAAUAUGUUUUAAAGGAUGUUCAAGAGCAACUGUUAGUGGCAGAUGCUAAGCUUGGUAAUGCAAUUAAAGACAAAUUAAGUUUACAAUGUGUUUCAAAUUCAAAUGUGCAAGAACUAUUGAGAUGCAUUAGGUCUCAAGCUGAUAGUUUAAUUUCUGGCUUGCCUAAAAAAGAAAUGACUGCCAUGGCUCUCGGAUUAGCUCACAGCUUGUCUCGUUACAAAUUAAAAUUCAACCCAGAUAAAGUAGACACAAUGAUUGUUCAAUCUGUAAGUUUAUUGGAUGACUUGGACAAAGAGCUAAAUAAUUAUAUAAUGAGAUGCAGAGAGUGGUAUGGUUGGCAUUUUCCAGAGUUGGAUAAAAUAGUUACUGAUAAUAUUUCUUUUGUAAAAACAAUUCAAAUAAUAGGAACUAGAGAUAAAGCAAGAACUUCCGAUUUAUCCGACAUAUUGCCAGAAGAAGUUGAAGAAAAAGUUAAAGAAGCCGCUGAAAUUUCUAUGGGUACCGAAAUAUCUGAUGAAGAUGUAGAAACGAUUUUAGCAUGGUGUGAACAAAUUUUGGUUUUAAGUCAAUACCGGACGCAUUUGCACGAUUACCUCCGUUCAAGAAUGAUUGCCAUAGCCCCAAAUCUUUCCGUACUUGUUGGAGAAUUGGUAGGAGCGCGAUUAAUAUCACACGCUGGUUCUCUCAUGAAUUUGGCAAAACAUCCAGCUUCAACUGUUCAAAUAUUAGGAGCUGAAAAGGCAUUGUUUAGAGCUUUGAAAACUAAAAGAGAUACUCCAAAAUAUGGUUUAAUUUAUCAUUCAGCUCUCGUCGGUCAAUCGAGUGUUAAAAAUAAGGGUAAAAUGUCUAGGAUGUUGGCAGCGAAAGCUGCUUUAGCCACGCGUGUGGAUGCAUUGGGAGAUGACACAACGUUAGAUUUAGGUGCUCAACACAAAGCUAAAUUAGAAGAAAGGCUCAGAUUACUAGAAGAAGGAAGUAUAAGAAAAAUAAGCGGAACUGGAAAAGUUCAAGCAAAAUUUGAAAAAUAUCAUCAUAAAAGUGAAGUGAAACAAUAUCCAACUGCCAUGGAUUCCACAAUAUCUGCUAAAAAAAGAAAACUGUCUUCGGCGGAAGAAGUUAAGCCAGUCGAAGAACCGGAAGUGAAAAAAUCUAAGAAAGAACAAGACAAAAGUCCCGGGAAAAAAUCAAAAGCGCAAGAUAACAAUGUUGAAACUCCAACAACAGAUUUUGGAGAAUUGUCUUUGGAAACGCCAACCAAGAAAAAGAAGAAAAAAAUGAAAGGAGAAACGUCGGAAACGGUCGAGGAAGAAACUCGGACCGUAGAAAGCGAAUCUAAGAAAAAGAAGAAGAAAAAAUCGAAAGUAGAAGAAGCACAAGAAGAAGAGCAAGAGCAAGAAGAAGCAGAAGACGGGGAGCAAGGAGAAGUCGAAGCCACGGAAAAAAAAAAGAAAAAAAAGAAAAAGAAAGAAAAGGUCGAUGACGAAUAA